CGCUUUGCCCACCGCCGAACUUGUCCACUCCCCGCACCGCGACCGACAUGACGACUGACCUUCCCUACGCCGCCGACGCCGAGGUCUCUCUCUCCUUCGAUGAGCUUGAAGUCCUCCGCCUCCAGUACCAGAAGGAGCUCGCUUUGGGCCACAUCACGGUGCAGACGAAGUUCAACUAUGCGUGGGGCCUGGUGAAGAGCCCGAUCCGCGAGCAUCAGGUGGAGGGCGUGCGGUUGCUGCAAGAAAUUUACAGGGAAGAGCCCCUCCGGAGACGCGAGUGCCUCUACUACCUCGCACUCGGGCACUACAAGAUGGGCAACUUCGACGAGGCAAGACGGUUCAACGGCCUACUGAUCGACAAGGAGCCCGGGAACAUGCAGGCGCAGAGCCUCGCGCAGCUGAUCGACAAGGGUGUUACGCGAGAGGGCUACAUCGGCAUGGCACUCGCAGGCGGCGCUGCGGCCGUCGGUACCUUACUUCUCGCAGGCCUCAUACGGCGAGCAGCACGCAAGUAAUCCCGCCCAAUCAAUGCUGACGGCCUACCUCCCUGCACGCUGCGCCUUUCCUGACGUGUCCUAUGCCUUUCGGCCUCGAUGUGAUUCCCUGUUGGGUCGUGGCCCUGUGCCGGUUGACAUACACGUUCAUCGCUUGCCGGUUGUCGGUCUUCAUCUACAUAACGUGCUGCUUCAACGCCCACACGGUGCUGGCUCUCAUGCAUAUUGCUGGUCUCCAUCCCCUUCCUACCCUCCUUGCACGAUGCAUCUCAUACAUGAUUAUUGUUUAACCUCAGUGGCCAAUGAAUGACGGACAUCCCCCUUCAAUGUAUUUCUACUCCGUGGUGAUAAUUGAUGACAUUGACGAACGGCAAUGGCCUUUUGGUUGACUAGUUGCUGGAAAGCAAUCAUCGCAAUCUGCAGCUCGCUGCCUGCUAUCUGGCAGACCUUCCAUCAUCCAUGGUUGACUUUGUGAUAGUUGGACUAGCCU